UUUCAAGAUUCACUUCAGUUUGACUGCGAGUGCUAGGCGGAGUAGUCGCAACGCACCGAGACUCGAGCGAGGCUUACGUAUUUGAGCGUGCUAUGAGACACUAGAAAUUCCGACUCCUGCAGCUAGUAGUGUGUAUAUUUCUAUCUUAUGUUUGUGAUGCUAAUAAACUACAACAGCUCGUGAUUUCCAUAAGAACUCCUUCCGAAUAUUUGCAAUGGCGUGCCGUGACAUCGUGUCCAGAUUAUUCCUGCUUUUCGUGCUUUCCAGAACGGCCCUCUGCAUCGAGGACGACUGUUCUAUAAACACUUAUAACUCAAGUAAUGGAUACAUGCAGUUCACUAAAGAGACAACUUUCGCAGAAUUCGCAAUCGUUGGCAAAUUCAAAGGUCUCCACUGUUGUGCCAAAGGAUACCGCAGCGUUGAAUGGUUGAAGGAUGGUAGAUUGUACCCAUGGUCGUCAUCCGUAUCCGGGUUGAUCCUAUAUCCGGAAAGCGCUAACCAGACCAUCUACACGCAGACGAUAACGGCGGAGGAUGCAGGCAACUACACCUGCCUGUUGCGCAACGAUACCACCGUAUACACGCACACGAUCCAGCUAAGAGUUUUCGACAAAAUCCCAGACGAUCCGAAGAUUACUUACGUGUCGAAUGAUAAGGAAGUCAGCGUGGGACAGUCCGUCCGCCUCUUCUGCGAGGCCUUUGUUGGUGUCGUUAAUUUACCGGACGCGCAUAGCGAGGCGAUCUGGACAAAGAGCGGCCAUAAUGGUAGCAUCGAUGACGAACCACGUAUCAGACAAGAAAAAGUCUCAAGGGAGGACGGUCAGACGUUCGGCACGUAUUUGAUCAUCGAGGAAGUCGUCAACGAUGAUUUCGGUAAAUAUAUCUGCAAAAUCGUUAAACCAGGAAGGGCCAUCGACUUGCCCGUGUACAUCCGAGAGAAAGUAUAUGUCGGUUAUUUGAAUCCGAACCCAGUGCCAUGGAAGAAAUUGAUAAUCACCGUUGCCAUUAUACUGGUAUUUUUUAUAUCGGCUUUUAUCUUGUACGUCCACUUCGGGCUUUCUUUGCGCGUGAAAUUUAAAGAUCGCUUCGGAGCGCUGGAAGACAACGACGACAAGACCAGCGAUGUAUUGAUCCUUCAUUCCCAACAAGAUUCCGAGAUGGCCCUUGAGAAGAUCUGCCCUUUACUAGAGAACGAGUACCAUUAUAAAUGCGCCACAAAAACUCUACCAUCCGGUGUGAACUUAUGGUGCGCGAAAUUAUCGGAUGCAGCGAGGAAAACGCGUCGAGUUGUUGCCGUCAUCUCACCUUCUUCCUUGGACAACCAAUGGGAUACCGCCACGGUCUAUCAAGCCCUGAAACAGUUGAACUCUCUUAACGCUAAAUUGGUGUGCGUCGCCAUGCAGGAACUACCAAAGAGCGGAACGGACUUGAAGAAUGCCCAAGGCGAAACAUUGGCUUCGAUCCUGAAAUCGAUGACGGUGAUUCCUUACAGCAGCGAACGCUUCUGGUUAUCGUUGAGACUGCAUCUGCCGGCGAAGCGUUUCGAGCAGGCCUCGAAUGAUAUUGACAUGACUCAAACGAACAAUCCAAACGAUACAAGACUGAACAGAUUCGCAGAGCCUCGCAGCUUAGAUAUGCUUGUUUAAGCCGAGUGAUUCGAAGAUGAAAACACGAAUUUUAGGUAUUAAGAAAUCAAAUAUUUAGUUGUGUUUUUCUAUCACUUACAUAUUAUUAUUAUUUCUAUUUGAUUCCUUUGUACACAAGUUAUGUGUAAU